AUGCCACGACGAAGCCGCUCUAGAUCAUUAAGUCCCCGUAGAUCAAGCUACCGCUCACGCUCACGCACACAUUCUAGAAGCCCUACGCGUCACUCUAGACGACACGCCGAAGCUUCUCACAAAUAUAGUUUAAAUUACAAAGAAUCUCAUUCUCACAGAACAAGAGAUGUUCAACAUAGCCCCAGAAAGUACCAUUCUUCUCGAUCAGAAGAAAGCUCCGACGAGCAUUACUCGUCGUCGACUCGUCGUAAAAGAAGUGUGUCGUAUUCUUCGCACUCUGAAGAAGAAAAUGCACGAGAAAGACGGUCACAUCGAAGUAAGAAAUCUAAAAAAGGUAAAGAAAAGAGCCGGAAAAAGAAAGAAAAGAAGGAAAAAAGAGACCACCUGAAACAUGAGGAAGAGAAACAAUCCUUUAUCGAGAUGUCUGUCUAUUCUGACGCAAAUAACCCAUUCAACGAUAUUAAUCUCGGACAGAAAUUCGAAUGGGUAAAGAAAAAGGAACGGGAUAAGAAAUUGGGAAUUUCUUCAGAAGAGUCAAUGCGAUUAGAACGGAAUCGCAGGGAAGAAACGAGGCUCGAAUUGGAAAAAUUAACAAAAAGAAGAGCUGAGAGGGAAAUAGAACGCCAAUUGCGCGAGGAAGAACAAGCUAGAAAACAGCGUGAAGCCGAAGCUGCAUUAUUGGGUGACUGGGCAUCUAAGGAAGAUGAAUUUCAUCUUGAACAAGCAAACAGAAGAGCCGAAAUCCGUAUAAAAGAGAACCGUGCAAAGCCAAUUGAUAUUCUUGCAAUUAAUUUACGGUUGGCAGAUGAAGGCGACGAAGUAGAUGACUCGCUUGAAAUUGAUGUUGACGAGCCUUAUACUAUAUUUGAGAAUCUUAAUUUACAAGAAGUAGAAGAACUACACCAGGAUAUCCAAUUAUAUCUCAAUCUAGAAAAGAACCCCAAUAAUCUCGAUUUUUGGCGGGCCAUGAUUGUGGUUUGUGACGAUAAAUUAUCUGAACUCCGCGCGGAAGCGGAACCAUCAAAUGACACCAACAACGUUAUUGCCCCAAUAAAAAAUGAUCUUGAUAAAAUAUUUGCAGGCAAAACUUAUGACCAGUUGCGUGACUUGCAAAUGCAAAUACAAGAGAAAUUGACGGGCGGCGAGGCUGUGGACGUAGAGUAUUGGGAGCUACAGUUGAAGCUUUCAACGGUGUGGAAGGCUAAAGCAAAAUUAAAAGCCAUGCAUGAAAUCGUCUUACAAAAAAGAUUAGAACAAUUACGUCGAAAACAGAGACAAGAAGCUAUUAAAGUACAAGAAGAGCUCGAGACAGCACUCAAUACUCAUCCCGCUGGCCAAGCUAUUGGUGCCAGUGGUGAAGACACUACAGAAGGUGACAAUGAAGCGAUAAUGGAUGAAGAUUCGGAAGGGUUGAUUGAAGAAUAUGAUCGAUCUAUGAGUCCGGAACCUUUGUCUGUGCUUUCCAGAGAAGAUAAAAUGCUCGAGAUUCGAGAUCCAAACGAUGAUUUGUUGCAUUUGAAACAAAAACGGAAAGAGGUAUUAAGAAAUCAAUACAUUCCUAUGAAGGUGCCGAAAAGAACUUUACCUGAAGAAGAACUCGAGGAAUCAACCGUAUCCAAAGUUCUCUACGAACGAGAAGCUGCCAAAGAUCUGGAUGAAGAUGAGGCAAUAUUCAAUAUUGAAGAAGAAUUGGCAAAGACAACUUAUUUAUGGCAAGAUAAAUAUCGUCCAAGAAAACCACGAUACUUCAAUCGCGUUCACACUGGCUAUGAAUGGAACAAGUACAACCAGACGCACUACGACAGUGACAAUCCACCGCCGAAAGUGGUCCAAGGAUAUAAAUUUAAUAUCUUUUAUCCGGAUCUUAUUGACAAGUCAAAGGCGCCCACGUACAAGAUUGAACGUGAAUCUGGAAAUAACGAUACUGUGCUUAUUCGGUUUAUUGCAGGACCACCGUAUGAGGACAUUGCAUUCCGUAUAGUUAAUCGUGAAUGGGAAUAUUCUCACAAGAAAGGAUUUAAGUCGAGCUUUGAUCGUGGUGUUCUUCAAUUACAUUUCCAUUUCAAGCGUCAUUAUUAUCGCCGCUAA